GCAGCCGGGGGGAAAGAGGCGGGGGAAGAGGCAGGGGUGGGCACGGUGGCAGGCCAAGGGCCGGGGGCAUGGCCGUGGGGGGGCCGCGUCCCGUCCGCCACGCUGCAGCGGGACAGACGCCCGGGCUGGGCCGCAUGGAGUCCCUGGGGCGGGGGGCUGACCAGAGGAGCCCCCUGGCUGUCGGAGCUCAGGCCCUGGGCGGGUGGAGGUGGUGGAGGCAAGGGGGGGGCGGGAGGUAACUUAGGCCCGGAUGGAGGCCUGGAGAAGGGGAGCGAGAGAGGAGGAGGAGGAGGAGGGGGAGGGGGGGGCGUGAGGUGCUCCAGGAGAGCGUGCGUCCUGCUGAGCUCGCUGGCCGUGGUCUUCCUCACCUCGCUCUUCUUCUCCGUGUCGCUGCGCGGUGCCGUGGGCUUCAACUACCUGGAGGCGCCCGGCUGGGAGGAGUCCCGGCGGGUGAAGCUGGUGCCUAGCUACGCCGGCGCCCGGCGCCCGGCGCUGCCCGCCGACAGCGCCGGCGGCGGUGGCGUCGGCCCCCCCCAGCAGAGGACGUGCGCCUGCCCGCGCUGCGUGGGCGACCCGGGGGUCUCCGACUGGUUCGAUGAGAACUACGAGCCGGACAUCGCCCCGGUGUGGACCAAGGACAACAUCGAGCUGCCCUCCGAUGUGUACUACUGGUGGGUGAUGCUCCAGCCCCAGUUCAAGCCCCACAGUAUCCACCAGGUGCUACUGAGGUUGUUCCAGGUGAUCCCGGGACACUCUCCGUACUCCUGGUGGGACCAGCAGCGCUGCCUGCGCUGCGCCGUGGUGGGGAACUCUGGGAACCUCCGCGGGGCCGCGUACGGCGCCGCCAUCGACGGACACAACCACAUCAUGAGAAUAAACCUGGCUCCCACAGUGGGCUACGAGGAGGACGCGGGAAGCCGGACCACCCACCACUUCAUGUACCCCGAGAGUGCCAAGAACCUGGCCGCCAACGUCAGCUUCGUCCUGGUCCCCUUCAAGACCCUGGACCUGCUCUGGAUCACCAGCGCCCUCUCCACAGGCCACAUACGAUUUACGUAUGCUCCAGUCAAGCAGUUCCUCAGAGUGGACAAAGACAAGGUGCAGAUCUUCAACCCGGCCUUCUUUAAGUACAUCCACGACCGCUGGACCAAACACCACGGCCGCUACCCGUCCACCGGCCUGCUGGUGCUCUUCUUCGCCCUGCACGUCUGUGACGAGGUGAACGUGUUUGGCUUCGGGGCCGACAGUCGCGGUAACUGGCACCACUACUGGGAGCAGAACCGCUACUCUGGGGAGUUCCGCAAGACGGGGGUUCACGACGCCGACUACGAAGCGCAGAUCAUCCAGCGGCUGGCCAAGACCGGCAAGAUAACAGUUUACCCCGGGAAGUAGAGGAGGAGGCACCGGACACGUGGUUAUCGGUGGCCGCACAACCCAAAACAGCGGGGGGGGGGUCUUGAACGUAUCUCCUAACCCACAGAAUGUGGUGGGAGUGUGAACUACCAGUGAGUCCCCGGGUUUCAAUUCGGAAGUUGGAACUUCUCAACAACUAUUGGGAGCUUUGGGCUAAUCCCCACUAAUAGUUGAACAAGUUGUUUAUGCCAAACGACAAAGGGAAAGUGGUUUCAGGAAUUAUUACAAAACACAGUGAUUGUCCUGACUCCAUAGGAACCAGCGUGGACUUCCUGCCCCCUGGUGGGGUCAUUUUACCACAUGAAUCACACCAAGAACGGCACCAUCAGUCGGCUCUUUCAGAGGAAACACCGCGGAAGAAUUGAAAGUGAGAAGGACCCAAGCGAUGUGCAAGCGAGGACCCACUGUUUGCUGCAGAGCCAAUACCGUGGUACUUGCGUCUUGGCCCUGCCUCACCCUCACUUGUAUUUAAGGCCUCCCUCCAAGACCUCUUAAAUGGGCACAGGUUGGCUGUGGGACUGUGGAAGCAACCACAACCCAAACCCUUUGAUAUACGACAGAUUGGGGACCUCGUGGAGCUCGCCGACGAACAGACUUUUAAUUUAGAAGGCCGAUGAGCAGCUGUGCCCUGCCCAUCACAAUCUAAUCAUCGGGGGGGGGGGGGGGGGGGGGGGGGACGACGACACAUCACACUGUCUAUUAUGGGGAGCCUGCUCAGUUUGAGCUCCAGGAUGGAUGUUUGUGGACACACAAACAUGUUUUGGGUUCAGUGUGUCCGGGUGUUCAAUGGCUCUGGUUACCACUAACCCGCACACAAUUUUAAGACUCUCAGUGAGUUAUAUCUGUGGUGCAUCUUUUUGAGUGUACUGAUGACAUUAUGUUUAUUCUGGGACUUUGUUGUUGUUUAGACAGACAGACACACACACACACACACACACACACACACACACACACACACACACACACACACACACACACACACACACACACACACACACACACACACACACACACACACACAAACUGAUUAUCUGUAUUCCUCUCUGGCGGGUUUCUGUGAGGGAUUUGUCUUUUAAGUUGUAGAAGGUGCUGCUUAAGAUAAGAUACAGCAGACCCACGGCUUUGUAGAGUGAGUCUCUCUUUCUCUGUUUCUUUAUUUUCUUGUCUGCCUUCCACCUCCAGCACACAUUGAACUGAGCUGGUCAGGGGGGCCAUCUAUCGCCUUACACUCUGCCUCUUGACCCUGUUCUCAUUGUAAAACUGCAUUAGAGUUAGUUUCUUUAUGUUCUUGUUAGCCAUGGGCCAAUGGAUUUACCUUCUUCAUUCAUAAAUUUUCCCCUUUCUUUCCUUCAAAGCUUAGUCAAGUUGUGGUGUUUUAAAGGUUGUGCCGCUUAUAAACACUGUAGUUGAGUUAACUGUGGAUAAAUACAAGACACAACAGUACUACUUCUGGUAUGAUUUUACAGCUGAUACAGCUUCAGACAUGCCUUACAGGGUUAAGUUCCCUUUUUUUUUUAACAAACAUUGGAAUGUGCAGGUUUGGCUAAUUAAUUUCCUCCACACCCGAUUUUGAUGGUUUCACAGACUAGUAUGUACUAACCUUUGAAUGAAUCAGCUAGCUCAAUCAAACUAUGGCACGGCUUACUUACUGGAUGGCAUUAAUCAAGUAUACAGCUACUGGAAAGGAAAUGGCGAGAUACAAAGACACACAAGGAAACUUUGUCUAUCCAGCAAUUUAGCAUGAAAAGGUAUCUGUCUGUGACGGCAAUAAAUGCAGUUAAGUUCUGUGCCUCCCAUGUGAUCAGCAGAUAUAAAAUAUUGUGUUAUCAUUUGACAGUAUUGUAUAACCAUACCUUCAGUCUCCUGGGUGACCAAUGUUUUACUACACAUCAUUUUGAUGGACGUGUUUUUGAAAUGAUGCAUAAUGGUGUUCUUCUAUAAGAUGCUCUCUGUUGGGCUAGGCUCAUUUUACAGUUCAGUCAGUUUAAGUGUGACUUGACUGAACACACACACACACACACACACACACACACACACACACACGUACACGCACAUGCGUACACACACACACACACACACACUAUUUACUAUUCAUGAGUAAAUAGCACACCAAAUAUUCAUGCUUUUGUGCCUUUUCCUGUCUGUGGCCAUCGCCUCCAGAUACUUUUCUUUCUGUAAUUGCAGACCACAUUACCCGCACACACACACACACACACACACACGCACACACACACACACACACACACACACACAAAAAACACACGCACCUCAGCCUGGCUGUGAGCUGUGCCUUUGAGCUGUACACAAAUGUACAACACCGUAAACACACACAGACCCACACAUGCAUUGAUGUAUAUGAAACACUGCCUUUUCCUGGCGUUAUUGCCUGCAGGUUCAAUUCCCAUCUUCACGCUAUGUAAAUGUUGCUUAUUUUCAACUGUAGACUCGAGAUGUGAAGCAGUCCAUCUGGAACUUGUUUGACAUUAUUAAGACUUUGGAUGUUUUUUAUGCAUUUUCCUCCGUUUUAUUGUUUUGAUGGAAAACGUACAAUCAUUCUUGCAGGUAUUAGCUUGUAGGUACCAUCUUCUUGGCUUGUUCUUGCAGGUUAGUCCUUGCAGAAACAUCAUGUACCACAUUCCUCACAUUUUAUUCGGUCUCUGGUGUUCAUGGCGGGAACUGGACAGGCCAUUCAAAGGUUUAUUUUCUAACCGUCGAUUUGCGUAAGGCUGAGCUCUGUCGACUUGGCGGCAGCAGAUCCAGUGUGGGAGAGAACGAGGUGAUUACAAUAUGUAUUUUAAUGGUGAAACAACACACUGGUACAAUGCUGACACUGCACAUUCUUAAGUAAUUUGUCAUCAGCAGUGGCUCAUUGUCCAACUGUUAGGCCUAUUACUCAUGGUCCCCCCCUUCCUGACCUCCUAACCCCGGGGAAUUGCUUUUAAAACAGUCAAGUUUCUCAAAUGUGUUUUGGAAAUAAAGCAAUUUUUAGUUGACUUUUGGUGUUAGUUUGGAAAACUUAACAGCAUACGGUAGUGGGGGAAAAUUGGGUCUAAAAAAUCACGGCACUUUUUUUUAUUAUUCCUGAAUAGUCUGCCAGAUGUUCGAGCAACACAGAUUGUGAUUUGAGGAGAUAUUUAGAUCAUUUUACACAGGCAGGCGAGGGAGUCCGUUGUCAUGUUGAGAUGACAUUUAGAGAUAGAUAAUGGCAACAAGAUAAGUUACCCCGGCUGCUGCUUCUAACCAACAGCACACAAAACAAAGAAAAGAACAGAUUGCUCCCAAUUGUACCCGAUCAGAAGAAGUGAUUAUGUGUACUUUAAGUGUUUAAGAGUACGAUGUACUGUUCUGUCUGUGGGCAUAUACAGAUGGAGCUAACACUAUAUUUUUAGCCAUUUCUUUUUUUAUCAAAACAAGACAAAAGGCUGCACAUCUGAUGCUCUUUGGCCUGGUACUAUCAGCCAGUGCCCCCAAAAGAUAGACAGAGCAUACUUUGUUUCCGUGGUGCUCAUAGAACCGUGCUCAAAAACACCUGCUACAGAGUCUGUCAGGUCUGCCCAAAGGUUGAGCUAUUUGGGACCCAAGUUGUUUCAUUCACCAAGUCGAUUCUUAGACGUGAUGUCUUGACGUGAUAAGUCCUUAAUAAGGCCGGUUCCCAUGGCCCCUGCCUAGCAGACUGAAAUUAGAUCAGAAGAAAAUAUGGACAUUAGUGAUAUGUCCCAAUUUGUUGUUGCUUGGAAGGGGCAGUUUCUGCAUACUUUUCUAGAGUGCCAAGAACUUGAAGUAGGACUUCAUGAGGUUUCUAAACUUCAGAGACUGAGACAAACUUCAGACAAAGAAUCUGCUUUUAGAUCUAUAGCAUGAAAAGCUGAUGUGUUUGUGCAGAGGAAACCAACUGAUCUAUUUAGACGCGUGUAAGGCUGUACAAAUACAAAUGAAUAAAAAUGUAUCUAAGGGUGGAUAAAGUAAAUGUAAUAAACUCAAUGAAAAUUAUACAAAAAAACAUUAAUUCUGAAAUAAAUCAAAGCAGAUCUUGAUUAUCACUGAUCUCUGCAUAUCAUGUUGAAAGGAAAGUAAACAAAUUACUGAAAAAAUAAAUAAAAUCCCUGAACAUCGCUCAUAUGCCAGGUUUGUGCUAAACUGAUCUAAAUUUAGCAAAAUAAUGAAUUUAUAAUAAAAUUUGCUUAGGGAGAAUAACUAUCCGUUUCAGUGUUAGAGAAGGAACUAAUUAAUAAGAACUUUACAAGUAUCUUCUUUAAAUGAUCAACAGUUAUUUUUGACAACGUUGCAAUCUGUAUUGUCCUUGGUGAGUUAGAACAUGAAAGGUACAACUUGUAAUUGCUUCAUUAGUUUGAGUCAGCCAAAGGCAUUCCAUGGUAUUUUUUUAUACAUUUUACUUUAGUUGAAAACAUUUCACAAGAGUUAGAGAAAGCUUACUCAGACAGAUGGCAUUUGUCAUUACAGUGGUUUGUGUCUGAACUGGCUAUACAUCACAGUUCUGCUUAAACUGUUUUGUUCAUGUCGCUGGAUACAUUUAAUGUACUUACAUUUAAUUAAAUAUGUAUGAAAUGUUAUCCGAGGCUGUUUGUAUCUUAUAAAUAAAAGCUUAUGAAACAA